AUGAACUAAAUUGGAAUUGUUGAUAAAUUAGAUGAUUCCUUCAAAAAAUUCAACUCCCGCAUUCUCGAAGUUGAUCAAGGUCGCAUCAAAUAUUAUUCAAAGCCACCUCCAGAUUUUCAAUCUGAAAAUCCAAAACUUAACGACAAACCUAAAGCUGGACUACUCUUCAGCAGCAUCCUAGAUAUCAUUGAAAAUGACCCUAGAAUCAGCAAUGAUUUGUAGCCCAGAGUCAUCGCCUUCACUUUUUAUUCUAAUCAAGUGCUCAAAGGCAAUGAACUCAAUAAACCAGAACCUGCCCUUCCAAAACCAAAACAACCAUUAUAAACUUGGAUUUUUCUAUUCAGAGACAUUGAGUCUAAGGAAAGAUGGUGUGAGAUCUUUGCCAUGAAUUUGCAGAGACAAGAGGCUCCCACUGCUUCUGUUAAGCAAUUUGUAGAAAAUCAAUUGAAAUAAUUAGAAAAACUAAGUCCAGAUCAGAUCAAGGAACAAAAUCCAAUUGAAAGUGUCGAUGAAGAGGAGAAGCUCAAAAAUGAGGCAAAGGUUCGAUCUGGGAAAGUUAAAUAAUUUAGAACGAAUUUGAAAUUGUAAGAAAUUGACAGGAAAAAUAAAGAAGAAGAAAUUAACAGAUAAAGAAAGCAAUAAUUUGAAGAAGAAUAAAAAAGACUCAAUCUCCAAAGGGAAGAGGAAGAGAAGAAGAGAAGGGAAGAGGAACAACGAAAUUUGAGAAGAGAAUAGGAAAGAUAAAUGAAGUUGAGAAUAUCAACAGCCUGGGAAUUCAGAUAUUAUCAAGCUUUGGAGGACUGUAUUGAAUCAUGCGAUAAUUUUGACAACAGCAUGAAAGCUGGUCUCAGAUUGAUCAAAUAUCUUGAGACUUUCAAAGAACAAGCAUUCAUCUCAGUCAAACAAUUAAUUUGCGAUCUUUUGGAUAAAAAAAUCACAGUUGUCAACUAAAAUCAGAGUGUCAACUUAAUCGAGGAAGACAAUCAAAAGAAAACUAUAUUCUCUAAGCCUAAGAAGAAGUAAUAAAACAACGAAGAAAAUAAUUAUAUUGGGUAGUUCCAGGAUUGCUUUUAUGGCACCUUCUAAUUUAAAAGUAAUAACAUGCUGAUCUAUAUUGCAACAUCUGAAACUGUUGAGAGAACUCUUCUAAUACCAAAUAAAUCAGUGAUGAUUCAAAGUCUAAAUCUAAAUUUAUUAGAAUUACCAUUCUGGUAUGGAAUAGUGCAUUCAAAUUGCAAAAAACGAUAAUUGUCAGAUGAAUUCAAAGCCUUAAAUUAUUUGAAUGACAUCUGUUUCUCCCAAAGAUCUGUGAAUAAAUAUUUCAAACUCAAAGUUCCAUUAUCAUGUCAAAUUGAGUAUCUAGGAUUUAAAGCCUUGGUCCUAGCAUGUCCUCCUUCUCCUCUGGAUGAUUCAUCUUUAAUUUACGGUGUCCCAAAUGGUGAAAAUUAUUACAAGGCAUCAUAAAAACUAGAACUUGAAAUUGAAGCCUUGGGUAGAAGCUUAGCGAUCAAGCCUCAUUGUUUCAUGUGGAAAAUCGAAAGAUUUGAUCCAAAGAAAAUACAAUUAGAUACCAAAAGAUCUGUCAUCCAAUUAUCUGUAAAUACUCAAAUACACAGUGGUAACAUUGCUGAAUUUGAACAAUUAAAAGCCUAGAUUAAAAUUUAUGCAGACUAAGAAUCAGAACAAGAAGUUAAACGACAAGGCUUGUUUUAUUUACUUAGAGUAAAGGAAAUACUACCUUAUGUCAUUGAAGAGCACUACUCAGAACUGGUGGAAUAAUCUAAUAAGACAAUUCCUGCAAAUCACAACUUUGAUCAUUUACUUUAAAAUUAUGAAUUCAGGAGAGCCAGACCAGAAUUUCUGUCAGUGUAUUAUGAUACAGGUGUCAGUGGUUAAUUGAGAGCAUAGUAAAGUAACAUCCAAAACAGAAAGGUCUAUAAUCCUGAUGCAUAUGACACCAUUGAGGAAUCAAAUGACAUAGCAAUUGAUCAAAUGGCUUUAGCAGAGAUGAGCAAAAACUUCAUUAGAGGUUAUAUCCAAGAAUUCGUGAAUAAAAUUGAUCAAUUAGAAAUAUGUCCUAUUGAUAGUUAUACGUUAAGAGAAAGCUUUAGACUUUUUGGUAUUAACAUGAGAUUCCUUAAUCUGGUGGCAUUAUAAACUAAAAUCCCCCAUGUUCAAUAGUUAUGCGAAGUGGAAAUGAUGGCUAGAUCAAUUAAAAACAUAUUUAAUUAAUAAUUCACAGAGUUUUUGUAGACAAUUACAGAGGAUUAAAUCCCAUUUAAGCCCUUUGAUCCUAAGAAAAUCAUCAGGGACCCCUUUUCGGAUUAAGAAGAAUUGGAAUCGAAGAGACCCUUCCCAAAAAAGUAAUCCAUAAUGUUACCACGCACGAUUAUUUAAGAAAGAGAAACCAUGUCAGAAUUCAUAGAGAUGCAAUACAAAGAGUAAUUGGCAGACUUAUUAAAUUUACUGUUUUCUAAGAGCAAUGUGUUUUAUGAAUAAAUUCUCUUUAAAUAAGUGUUAUUUGACUUCAAUUAUGAUUUGAAUUUGAAAUUAAAAGGGAUUUGUCCAGGUAGUUUGUUGAGUGCUUUACAGUAUAAUUUAAAAUUCGAAUCUAAAUUUGAACCCAAAGACAUAAUUUUUGGAACUCCUUAUGCAUAAUUAGAUGAGAGUGUCAUAAACAAAUUUAAUUUGAAAUAGUACUUACAUUAAAAAACUUACUAGCAAUUAUAUAAAACAUCUAUCAUCCCAGCAUCAUCUCAAAUGACUCCAUUGACUACUCCUCCCACUAAAGGAGCUCAUUCGAUAAAGUAAAUGAAUAAAUAGGUGUUCUUUGAUUCCUCCUCCAUAAUUCAGUUGAGAUUCGAUGUUCAAAGUUUCUCUAUGUUAGAAGUUGAGAUCUGUAAACUGGUGAAUAAAUUUAAUAUCUUCAAACUAUAGUAAAACUACCAAUUGGCCAUAAAAGUUCUUCAUAUACGCCUAAACCUUCUUGAAGGACUCGAACAUUCCAGCAACAUAGCUUAAGCCAGAACCAUGGUGUUGACAGACCUAGCAGAAUUGCAUUUCAAAUAGAAGCAGUAUUAACAAACAAUGGUUCGAUUAGCAGAGGCCUUGAAACACUUGAAUCCCAACAUUUACCUUGACAGCGAGAAUCUUCUUAAUCAACUUUCCAAUAUGAAUUAGAGAUGGAUUCCCAAGGUGGGGAUGAUUCGACCAUUGAUGUUGUUAUUAGAGAUAGUAACUGAAUUAUACUAGGAUUACGUAUUCAUAGUAUUCGACUUGUUGAUAUUUAAUUUGGAGUUUUGUUUAGGUUCCCAGCAUCAUUACUAUGCUAAGGUCUUCAAUAUCAUGGGUACAUUUUUUAAGAAUAGAGGAUAAAUAGAGGACAUGCUCUAAAUGAAUACUAUGUAGAUAAUAUGUCUAAUCAAAACCAUUGGUCAUCAGCAUCAAUUGACUGCUGAUGCAUACAUUGAAAUCGGAGAGCAAAAGCAAAGUCCUGAAUAACAAAUCCUCUUUUACGAAAAAGCCUUUUACAUUUUUGAAACUCUCUACACAGACAAUAGUCUAUAGACAGCAUAUGUGGCUUGCAAAUUAACCAAGGGUUACACUGACUGUGGUAAAAUUAAUGAGGCCUUGAAGAUUAGUUAAUUGGCUUGCAAAAUCCUAAAAACUAAAGCAUAAGAUAAUUUGGCAUAUCUACUAGAAUUGAGUUAUUAUAGAGCUUAUAACUUUUAUAAGAAUUAAUAAAAAGAAUAGGCUCGAAAAGAAUGCGAAGAGUACUUUAAUGUCUUACAAUUAUAUUGGGAUUAAAUAUAGGCUUAUGAUCAGCAGGAUCAAAGUCAUUCGGAUAUAAGCAAUAUUAAUCGGGACUUAUAGUCUUUUCCAAUAUAAUUGAUUGAGAUGACUCGCAAGACUUUGAUCACUUUUACUGAGAUAUUCUUGGCAGAAGCCUCAAAAGAGCAUAGAAAUUUCUUAUAUUAGAUGUUUGAUUUGAUUAUAGAGAAUCAUGCCAGAUCUAAUUUAUUGGAGCAAUUCGAUUCCCAAUUUAAUGUUCAAUUCAUUCAUGUUUUAAAGAAAAUUAAAACUUUGGGCAGUUUAUAGGCUUAUUUUGAAUGGUCCUUAAUUUAAUUUGUAGAUAAGACUGGAGGUGAUACAAAUUGGUUAACUUUCAAUUUUAAAGUUUAAAACUACGAAUAGUUAAAAGAACCAUAUGAAAAUUAUGAAUGCAUAGUUGUCACACUAGGAAGAAAGGUGUUGGCAUAGAUUUUUGAAAAGAUUAUGAUAAACAAUCCAUGA